CUCAGUUGUAGAAAUGACGUUGAAGAGAGAGGUCGUGUUUUAUUGUCGCUGCUGCUUGUAGUGCUAGAAAAGAUCUUCCGUGAAAGGCAAAUAAAAAAUCAAGCAAGGAAGGAAAUUGCAUUUAACGGUGGGGGAAAAACUGUUUUCUGCGCUUUGGGAACCCUUUCUCGAGGCCGUACCGUGUGUUCGUGUGUGUGCGGACAACGUCUCUUCUUCCAUCGCGGGUUGCCGCCGCUUGCUUGGAUUUUGUGAUCCCGGUGCCGGUUUUUUGUGUUUUGCGACGCGCUCGGUGAAAGCAUUUUUUUCUGCUGUCCAAUGGAUUUUGGUGGCGAUAGAAGAAAUUGCAUUAUUAUUGGCCUGCUGGGAUGAUUUUCGAUGUGGUGAAUAGAAUGAUAACAAUAAUUGUGUGAUAAGUGAAAUAAGCGGUCUUUAAAAUUAUAUUGCCAGGUGUAGACAACUUUUCCCCGAUAUCCGGAUUAACAUGGUGAAGUGAGAAAUAAAAAAAGGAAGAACAAGGAAUCUGUUGAGAGUGGCGAAGGCGAUUGUGAUCAAUCGUGAAAAAUAGAAAAAAAAAAAGCCAGGUGUUACAAUGUUACGGCGACUGAAGAGAAAUAAUUAGAAAUCAGUGUAUCAUGACGAAGUGCCGAUGAGCGUUUUAUCUCUUCCACCUAAUAGUGAAUUUUAAUCGACUACCGCUCCUCUCUAACUGAUCCGCCAACGUCCUCGACUCCGACGACCGUGUGUGAUAAAUUGUACACCACCUUCCACCCUCGUCUUCCCGCAGCUGCACCAGGGAGAAGAACGUGCUUAGCACAAUGAAUAGAAUCUACUUUGGAUCGGCUUUAUGUUUAACGCUGUUGCUUUUCAUCGCUGAGACUGAAUGUUCGGGACUUUUCGAGCUAAAGCUCAAAUAUUUCAACAACGAGCGAGGGGUGGAUAACGAGGGAGCUUGCUGUUCGGGGCGGUCCGACCCGGUUAGCGGGAACUGUAUCGGGGCAUGCAAGACACGGUUUCGGGCAUGUUUGAAGCAUUACCAGGCCAAAAUCGAUCCGUCCUCGCCGUGCACGUUCGGCAACGUUAUUACACCCGUGCUGGAAGGCAACUCACUCAACCUGACCGAGCGGAGCAAGCAAGUGCCAUUCGAGAACCCGAUCCGGUUCCCGUUCGAGUUUGGUUGGCCGGGCACCUUCACGCUGAUAGUUGAAGCAUGGCUUGAUACGAACGAAACGACAUCCAGAGCGCACGGUGUUUUAAUCUCACGACUGUCGAUCCAGCGGGUUCUAGACGUGUCGCCGGAUUGGACCGAGGACAGCUAUAACUCAUCGCACACGACAAUACAGUACGCCUUCCGUGUCACCUGUGACUCAUCGUACUACGGGCCGGGAUGUGCCAACCUGUGUCGGAAGCGUGACGACCAGUUCGGCCACUACACUUGCUCCCCAAACGGCGAGCGGGUGUGCCUCACCGGCUGGCAGGGCGACUACUGUACGACCCCCCGUUGCACCCCCGGAUGUGAUGAGCAGCACGGCCAUUGCAAUAAGCCCAAUGAAUGCAUCUGCCAGUCCGGAUGGAAGGGAGAGCUGUGCGACGAGUGCGAACCGUACCCGGGCUGCAUGCACGGAACCUGCAAGAAGCCGUGGGAGUGCCUGUGCAACGAAGGCUGGGGCGGUUUGUUCUGCAACCAGGACUUGAACUUUUGCACCAACCACAAACCGUGCCAGAACGGUGGAACCUGCUUCAACACGGGCCAGGGCUCGUACACGUGCAAGUGUCCGCCGGGCUUUACCGGCACCGAGUGCGAAACGGUCAUCAGCGAUUGCGCGGCCACGCCAUGCCUCAACAACGGAGUGUGUCACGACGAGAAGCAGGGAGGUUACCGGUGCGAUUGUCCCAACGGUUGGAUCGGAGCUCACUGUGAGAAGGAAACGGUAACGUGUGCGGAGAAGCCCUGCCUGCAUGGGACGUGCAAAGACACUCUUCAAGGGUUCAAGUGCGAUUGUCCGGCCGGAUACAGCGGAACGGCUUGCGAGGUCCAAAUCAACGAGUGCAAUCCAAGCCCGUGCGAGAACGGUGGCGUUUGCUCGAACCAAGGAGACUCCUUCAGCUGCAAGUGUUCCGAUGGGUACAGUGGAACGAGAUGCGAAGUAAACAUUGACGACUGCCAGGGAAAUCCGUGCAAUAACGGCGGCUCUUGCGUGGAUAUGGUUAACCAGUUCCGGUGCCAGUGCGUUCCCGGUUUCAUUGGAUCUUUGUGCGAGAACCGAGUCGAUUUGUGCCUCACGAAACCCUGCGCCAACGGAGGAACCUGUACGAACCUGAACAACGAUUACAGCUGCAAGUGCCGUCCCGGAUUUACCGGCAAGGAUUGCAGCGUAGACGUGGACGAGUGCCAUUCAUCGCCUUGCAAAAAUGGUGGGACGUGCGUGAAUCGCGUAAACAGCUAUCAGUGCGUAUGUGCGGGAGGAUUCCGGGGUGCGUCGUGUGACGAAGAAGCACUGUCAGCCAGCUGGGGCUCGGCAACUGGAAGUAUAUCGGCGCACAUGGCAGGAGGUCAUCAGGAGGCACACAGCGGCCGAAGUGACGGCCUGAGCAGUGGCCAGAUUGUGUUGAUUGCCAUCUUUUCUGUUGCAACGCCAUUGGCCGCAUUCAUCGCGACGGCCGUAGUGAUUUGCAUGAAGCGCAAACGUCGACGAGAACAGGAAAAGGACGACGCUGAAGCCCGCAAGCAAAACGAACAGAACGCUUCACACAUGACGCACCACCACCACAACUCAAUGUCUUCACCGAAGAGGAGCAGCAACAGCGCUCUCACAAAUCUCGACACUUCCCACCAUAUGAUCAAGAACACCUGGGAUAAAAGCGUCAACAACAUGUCCGCCUCGGCCAGUUUAGACGACGGAUGUCUAAUGAACAGCAGCCUGUACGGAGCGCUGCCCGCGACUUACGACAGCAACCCUUCCAGCAGUGAACAAUGCUACCAGGCUGCCGCCAUUCCAGCCACCCUGCAACGUGCCAAAUCGCAAAAACAGCUCAAUACCGAUCCUAUGGUAAUGCAUCGAGCAUCGCAAAUGAUCGCCACCGGAAGUGGUACGACGGCCGGCGGUCAAUCGUCGCAGCACGUGGCCGGACCGAUCGCCGGCGUUUCCAGCGCUGGGGUCAGUUCAUCGUCCGCAGCGGUUUCGGUGGUGAAUCCGAAAGAGAUGCUGCUCGAGAAGCGGAUAUCGGUGCUGUCGGACGUUAGCCUGUGCAACAGUCGGUGGAGCGGGGCGCCCCAGAAUCGGCAGAUCAUCGGCCCCUGCAGUCCGCCGCACGUUUAAAACUUUUAAUCAUUGAACGCUUCGGUUUUAUAAGAGAUCUCUUUUUUCCCUUUGCUCUUGUUAUACGUUGAAGAUGCGUAUAUUUGUAAUUAUUAAUAUUAAGUUUUUUUUCCUUUAAACUAGAAUCUUACAAACUGAAUUGACGGUUAAAUCAUGUAACUUCAACAUCCUACAGAGUUAUAACGAAAUGUUAUUAAGUUAGCUGUGAAUUUCGAUGUUCUUAAAAAACGAACUGAAAAUGUAAAUCAUGAAUUUUCAAUGGAAUAAUUAGGUUAAAACAUUUAUCAAAAGAAACAAAGUGGUCAUGACAAAUUGUUGGAAGCCCCACUUGUAUCAUUUUCAAUAAAAACCAAUUCCAACCAAAUGGAAUUUCCGAGUUUGAAGUCACCGGCCAGUAUCGUGGCUGAGGAUAGUUGUAACAUAGAAUAGGGAGAACAACACAAGUGUUAUCUAAAUAAUAGCGUAAUCACUUUCGGCCACGAGCAAGCGACCGAACGGUGUAUUUAUUAUCUCUUUAGAAGCACGUCUAAACGACUGCGGUGUAAUUUAUUGAUUUUUAUCGGAACAUAUUUAACUACUAGCUAAGUUAACGAACACAAAAAAACCUUCCAAAUUGAGCCAAUCUGUGACAAGUUACGAAUCAGCUACGAACCUCCAUUGGACUGAAUAGGGGUACGUUUUUUGUUCGGAAAGGAUUUAGAGCAUUGAGUGUUGUAACCAAAGUUGUAAACUGUAAUGUAAUUUUUUUUCUGUAGGGCAGUAUUUCAGCGGCACCCGACGCCAUUUUUUUUCUUUUCGACAGCCCAAUCGCUUACAACCGGAUUAUUUUGGUCUCUUGGCACUGAUUUCUGACCUGUUUCCUCCGUGCGCAAGUUGGAACGUUGGCCCUUUUCGCAAAAUUUCACCCUCACAUGGAGUUUUUUUUUUUUGUUGCUGCUGAUCGAUGCCAGUCAUAAAAGGUUUGGCGGAAGUCAACCACUCCGUCAUUUCACACUGAGCGAAAAUCUGUUUUCACACAUGAUUUCGCCCCGUUCUGCGAGCCAUUUGGAAGUAGUAAUGUUCACAGCAAAUAUGUUUUCGAUUAUAAUCCUAUACAAAACUAAAUAAUUCUCAAUAAGGGCAAUACUCUAAAUUUCCUACAUACAAUUCCAAACUUUUCAUAAUUUUGUCUUUGAUUUUACACAAAAAUUUUAAAUGCAGAAAUAAUUAUGGAAAAAAAAGCAAAUAGAUAAUGAAAUAAGCACAAUGCCGAAAAAAACACAUUUGAAUGGCUUAAACUAGACGGAAACAUAUCUAUGUCCUUCUCAAUAUCAUAAAAAUUGCAUCAAUCGAAAGCGACAGUUUCACUGACAAUUUGACUGCCAUAAUAAUAUUUGUAAAUAAUACUCGCUACUUCCGUAUAGGAUAUAUAUUUAGUAGGAAUAAAAUUGCUGUGAAGCAACGGUGAAAUAUGUAAAUCAACAUAUCAACAUAGACCCGCCCGUCACACUCGGUUACUUAAGUCGCUAGAAUCAGAAACGUUUUGGCAAACUUUGCUGGUCAAUAGUUGAUGCAAACUUUUGGGUCUGAUUUAGAAUUCGAUCGCAUUUUUUAAUGUUGGAAAAUUCGACCGGAUAAUGCUCGGCCAAAUACACACCGUUCCAUUUUAUGAGAAGAAAACAAAACGUUAGCAAAGAAAAAUGCACAUAUUUUCGAUAGAAAGCUCUAAUUUAUAUUGUUCCACCGUAAAUCGGUACAGCGAAAAUACGUGCUUUUUCUACCCCGCAUCAUGCUGAUCCUAUUGUAUAUGUAUGUAAAAAUAAACAAAAUAAAGCAGCCAGUCUUAAAGAACGAAAACAAUCACAGUCAGCUAAAAUAGAAUAACUUCAGGUAUUUAAAUGAAAAUUAAAGUAUUUUGAACAUGGUGAAACACUGUGACGUUCGUUCUUGCAACAAAGAAUUAUGACAAACACUAAGUUAUAAAUAAAUGCUAUACAAUGCGAAUGUUUUAACAACAAAUAUUAAAAAAGUAUUGUGAUUCAUACUUAAUUCGACCAUUUAGGUAUUAAGAUAAACUAUAUGAAUAGAAUAUUCAAGCGGUUUAGUAGUUUGGAUCUAAGAAAUGAUGAAAACUAAGUCAGAAAAAUAGUUUACAUGUUUUUUUGUAAAUUGCACUUUUUUAUAAUAUAUUGAACCAAUUGACUGAAUUUAAAUGGAUUCAUUAAUAAAAAAAUAAAUACAAAAAAA